AUUUUUUGGGUUUAGCCGUUUAGGUAGACAGCAUGAGCCUCUAUUAAAAACCUUUCUUUAAACCCCCAAAACCCUAGAAGCUCCUUGUUCUAGACCCUUCUCUGCCCUCUACUCAUAUAUACGCCUCCAUUGCUCUGUGACGGCACCACUGUGCUCUAUAUCUCUACGUGCUCAUCUGUGAAUCCCUCUAACUCCCAUCAACUUUUAAUAAAACUAUGUAUCGUUUUGCAGCUAAUCUUGCCUCCAAGGCCAGGGUCGCUAAGAACAGCACAUCACAGGCAAGUGGUAGUUUAAUUUGGAGCAGAAAUUAUGCGGCUAAAGAUAUUAGAUUUGGAGUGGAGGCUCGGGCCUUGAUGCUCCAGGGAGUGGAAGAGCUUGCUGAUGCCGUGAAAGUCACCAUGGGUCCAAAGGGACGCAAUGUUGUGAUUGAACAAAGUUGGGGUGCACCAAAGGUUACAAAAGAUGGUGUUACUGUUGCAAAAAGUGUUGAGUUUAGCCACAGAAUAAAGAAUGUUGGAGCUAGCCUGGUUAAACAAGUUGCUAAUGCAACUAAUGAUGUUGCUGGUGAUGGUACUACUUGUGCAACAGUUCUCACACGUGCCAUAUUUGCUGAAGGUUGCAAGUCAGUUGCUGCUGGUAUGAAUGCAAUGGACCUCAGGCGUGGAAUCACCAUGGCUGUUGAUGCUGUUGUAACAAACCUGAAGAGCAGAACAAGAAUGAUCAGCACAUCUGAGGAAAUUGCCCAGGUUGGGACAAUUUCUGCAAAUGGAGAAAGAGAAAUUGGUGAGCUUAUUGCAAAGGCCAUGGAAAAGGUUGGCAAAGAAGGUGUCAUCACAAUUCAAGAUGGCAAGACAUUGUUCAAUGAGCUAGAGGUUGUGGAGGGGAUGAAACUGGACAGGGGAUACAUCUCCCCUUAUUUCAUCACAAAUCAGAAGAACCAAAAAUGCGAGUUGGAUGACCCUCUUAUUUUAAUCCAUGAGAAGAAAAUAUCAAGCAUAAAUGCCAUUGUGAAGAUCUUAGAGCUUGCUUUGAAGAAGCAAAGACCACUAUUGAUUGUAGCUGAAGAUGUGGAUAGUGAUGCACUGGCAACUCUUAUCCUCAACAAACUACGUGUUGGAAUCAAGGUCUGUGCCAUAAAAGCUCCAGGCUUUGGUGAAAACAGGAAGUCUAAUCUUCAGGAUCUUGCUACUCUCACAGGAGGCCAAGUAAUAACUGAAGAGCUUGGAUUGAACAUUGAAAAUGUUGAUAUUGAAGUGCUUGGAACAUGUAAAAAGGUCACCGUGUCAAAAGAUGAUACAGUCAUUCUUGAUGGUGCAGGAGAAAAGAAGACAAUUGAGGAAAGAUGUGAACAGAUUCGUUCAACAAUAGAAUUGAGCACUUCUGAUUAUGACAAGGAGAAGCUGCAAGAGAGGCUGGCAAAGCUAUCUGGUGGUGUGGCCGUAUUAAAGAUUGGUGGUGCCAGUGAAGCUGAAGUUGGUGAGAAGAAAGAUAGGGUUACUGAUGCACUAAAUGCAACAAAAGCAGCCGUUGAGGAAGGAAUUGUCCCUGGCGGUGGUGUUGCUCUUUUGUAUGCAUCCAAAGAGUUGGACAAAUUACCCACAGCCAACUUUGAUCAGAAGAUUGGUGUUCAGAUAAUCCAGAACGCAUUGAAGACACCAGUGCAUACAAUUGCCUCUAAUGCAGGAGUAGAGGGUGCUGUUGUGGUUGGCAAGUUGCUUGAGCAAGAUAACCCUGAUCUUGGAUAUGAUGCUGCCAAAGGUGAAUAUGUGGAUAUGGUGAAGGCUGGGAUUAUUGACCCAUUGAAAGUGAUAAGAACAGCUUUGGUUGAUGCCGCAAGUGUUUCUUCCCUCUUGACUACCACAGAAGCGGUUGUGGUUGAGCUUCCCAAGGAUGAGAAGGAAACUCCAGCCAUGGGUGGUGGCGGUGGAAUGGGUGGCAUGGACUUUUAAAUAUUGAUUGGCCAAUCAUUUCUUUCAACUCCCCUGUCUGCAUACAUAAAUAAGAGCCAUCCAUGGUGGCUCUGCCAUUUUCUGGGAGGGCAUUUAUUUGCUGUGAUCAAUCUAGUGUGCUACUCUGAGACUGUUCAGAAAUGAAUGGGUGGUUUUGUUAGGUUCAACCAAAGAAAUUGUAAUUUCACUAGAGGGACACAUUUUGAGAAUUUAUCAUUUAUGAAUGGUAAUUUUCUCUUUAAGGCUCCAUUGAUUUGCAGUGAACAUGUUCUAGACAUACAUACUUUCUGGGUGUUCUUGGAGGCUGCUACAAGUGAAUAUGUUUUUGAAGUGGAAAAUGCUUUUUAACUCUUCGAGACCAACUUUCUGUUUUUGAAAAGGAAGAGUUUUAUUUGCGUUUUAUUUUUUGUCAGUUUUUUGUGUGAUUGAACCUCCUGUAAUGUACCAACUACUUAGUGACUAGUGUGGAAUGGUUUCAGACCAGUUAGGACUUUAGGACUGGAACUGGCCGGUUCACAGGAUCAGGCUGGGCUUGUUUUUUAGUUGGGUUGAAAACUGUUGCCAGACCCUUGAUGGAUCUUUGACAAUUUUUGUGUUUGCUUUUAUCACAUUGGAGCCUCCAACAAAGCCUCCUAAGAUUAGGCAUGGAUCGGGCCUGGGCCGUGCUCUGGGCUGGACUCCAGUCUGGUUCAUAGUGGGCUUUUGUUUCUAAUAGUUGGGUCCGGAACCGGCCUGGGUUGGAACCGGGUCCAGUUUGGGUCGGGCCUGGAACUGGCUGGGUAGUGGGCCUGUUCAGGCUGAACUUGUGCUAUUUUAUUUGGUUUAAAUAUUAAGUUAUGAUUAGUUGGACAUAAAAAAAUUAAAAUAUAUUUAUUUGAAAUAUGUAGUACAAUUGAAAAUUGAGAAAUUUUUUUUGGUUGUUCGGUUGUUUCCUUCGUAAAGUGAAUCAAUCGAAAUUUCUGCCAUAUUCAGUUGUUUCCUCCAUAAAGUGGUGGGGGGUUCGAUGCUCAUUUCUUGAGUUUUACGUUGGACCUUCAAUCAAUCGUGGAAGCAAACAAGCGUCUCAAGAGAGUUUGCGCUCAAUCUUGUUCUAUAAUCUGUUAGCACGUUGCUGGCCGCACUAAAUUCUUGUUUCACAACAACUGUUGAUACUGAUAUUGCUAGCACUUGCUUAGCCAUCUUUGAUAAGAUCAGAAACGUUCUUUCUUUUUCCUUCCACCAGUGAAAAACGUCAAAAUCAUCCCUUUCUUCAUACUCAACAGGAAAUGCUAGAUACAAAG